ACGGGUUGAUUUGCACCGAAAAUGCUGACACGGCAAUUCGGCAAAUAAAGGCAGAACACUCCUGGGAUUUCGUGAAAACAUACAUGAAACAAUGCAUACAUUUAAAACAUCUGGAAUGAUUUAUAUGUGACCGUUUAGCCAGCAUUGACCCCCUCCUCUGUGUUUUCCUCCUCCAUCAUCACCAGUUUCCAAGGCAACAGGCGGGGUUGGCCGGCUGGAUGCUGAGCCCAUCAGUCCUCGUUCAGUAUCACUGCUCAAAACCUGCUCUGCAUCACGCACGAAUGGAAGACCAGGACAAGAAAGAACAAAAUGGGUACACCGGAGAGAUAAAAGGAGGGAUGCGGCCUUCAAUGAAACUGGUUAUUAUGGGAAUUGUUGACAAGAAGCCUAAAAGCAUCGAGGUGAUUCUGUCAGCAAAGCCUCAGGAGGAGGAGGAGGAGCCAGCGGGCGAUGUGGGCCUGCAGAUGAAGGUCAGCUUUAUGGAUAAGGCCGUCCAACGCAAUGCCUGUUUGGCUGGGAAGUGGGGUCCUUGUGAAAACACUCUCUCCUUCUUUCCUUUUGCACCUGGAGAAGCCUUCAAGAUGGAGAUCGUUUGUGAGCACCAGCAGUUCCGUAUCUUGGUGGACGGUCAGCCUCUGUGUGGCUUCAACCACCGGCUCUCCCAUCUCGCCUCCCUCACCUCCUUACGGGUCUUUGGGGACCUCCAGCUCACCAAGGUGGCCUAACACCAGCUUCCCACCCACUUCAGACCGCCUUGUGACAGCAAAUGCCGCAUUAGACUAGACUAGAACUCCUUUUUCAGAGAAUAAAACCACCCAUCAUGGGAAUGAUGUGUUUCUGUUUAUUAAUUUUUUUUACAUCUGUCUCGUAACCCUGCAAGUGCCUUCGCUAAAACGACCCAUGUGGAGACUUGAAGAUGCUGACUGAAUUUCAGCGAUGAGGAAUGUGAUGUGAGUAGUGCUGUAAGCGACCUGAUUGUCUCCUCUAAGGAAAUACACGUGCAGCAGACUUAAAGAGCCACUAAGAUGUUCUGCACAAGUCACUUAGGAAGAAACUUUCAUUUGUUUGAGUUCAUCUUUGGAAGCACUUACAUUUACAAGCACGUAGAAGUAUUAAUGUCCAUGUUUAAAACAGCUGUAACGAGUAAAUCAACAAUGUGCAUGCAAUGUUGUAUGUUUAUUCCUCUGAUUUUAUGUUUGAUUAAGCACAAAGUCUUCAGUCUUCAGCCAUGCUACCUUUAAAAGCCCUCUCAAGUUUGUGUGAUGAACCCUUUCCACUGGUUCUUUUAGGGGAAUGUUUCACAUAAACCUUCAUUCAUUGCAAUAAAUCAGUUUUAUUAGUU